AUGUCCCUUGGCCCCAUCACCUCACAGACACAAGCAAACGUCGGCCCAAGCGUCGAAAUCCGCAGGGAGAGGGGUACAGCGGGCGAGAUACCGCUUUCUGACGGUUUGCUCCCGUUGGAAGUUGGAGGGAGUGGGGAAGAUGAACACGAAAAGUUGUUGGCUCUACGUUGGGGCCGGGGAAGAUAUCUCCUUCACGUUGGAUAUUUUCUCAUUGUGCAACCACACGAAGAAUGGAUUCAGUCUGCCAUUCCCAGUCUGGAUGGUCGACUUCUCUUAACAUGCUCAGACGACCCCACGGCACGAAUCAAAGAUUUAGAGUCACCCGCACUCAAGGCGGAGAUGCGAGGUCACGACAACCGUAUCGAAUCAUGA